GCGUCUUUAGCAGGCGGCCCGCCCAUUUCCUUUAGGAAAAAAGUAGUCAGCUAAUUUUUAGCUGACAUCUUUGUAUUUUUAGCAGUUAGCCAGAGUUGCUUAGUAACUUUUCAAGGAAUCCGGUGUCUCAAAAUAUAUACGCGACUUUCACGAAGUCCACGCUGUGAGCAAGAGCAGUUACGCGGCCUUUGAAAAGGUAAUUUUUGGCUCGCAGGGCAGUCCUCAGUACUGGUCUGGCCGUCCGCAGCGGCGGACGGUAAUGGCGGCUGUUGGCUUGUCAACUUCUCGCCGUUUUACGAAAAGGGAAGGAGUAGUUAGCUUAAUGGCUCCCCGUAUCGCUGACGUCUAUUGACGCGUUAACUUGCGUGCCAGUGACAGUGUUGCUCAUAUUUGCUCAUUGAGACAAAAGCUCGUCCGUCCUGUGAACAAGAGUGAAUGUUGGCUCGUUUGUAACCCUGAAAAACUGUUUUUAACGGUUUGAAGUGGUUAACAUCCGUUUUACUGAAUGUUAGCUACCGUUAACUAGCACGUUGGUUAGGUCGAACAUUCUCGCAGUUGUGAUUUGAAGCACAAGUUUGCAUUUCAUGCCCGUGUUUUUCACUUGCAGAGAAAAGUCAUUUACUGUUUUGCUGUAACUUAAACAUAAAAAAACUUCGUAGUAUUUACUCUCGGGCCUAGCCUUGCUUCAUGUGAACAUUGGCUGCAGUGGCUAACUAACUGAAACAAAGAGGAAGUCCAUCUUUAUGUGGCUUGAAGUCGCUUGUGCUCUUUGCUAAGCAGUUAUCACAAAGAAACAGUGUAUCUCUGACCUAUUUACUGUCAAUCGACGAGAGUUGCAAAUUAACUAAUACAAACAAAUAACCUACAAGUCACACCACAGUUCAACUUACGACAUGCAGACAGCCCCGCAACAGAGAGUUGUGUAUUACGAUCAGAGCUGGUGUAAAAUAGUAAUAUUCAUUUAUUUGUUCCCAGUUACUAUGGAAGAAGUACAACAGAGCAGCAAUGGCACUGAUUCACAGACUGCAACCAUUCCCACAACCAUCACAACCUCUCAGUUCUCACAGAUAGCUCAACAGGUAAUUGCUAGAUCCCUUUCAAAACAGCAUUAAAAUUACUUUACAUAAAUACAUAUAUAUAUAUUUUUUUUCUUUACCGAACUUUUGCUCUCCUAAAACACCACUCAUCUAUUCCAUGCUAAAAACUGAAAAAUGAGCUAGAUGAUUUCCAAAGUAUCCCAAAAGUUUGACAAAGACUGCUACACAGACCAGUCUCAUAAAAAAAAAAAAAAAGAUCAAUACAAAAAUGAACUGGCUAAAUUACUGGAUUAUAUUUGAAAUUUUUUAGAUGCUCACUCUUAUCACACUGUGAAAGCAAAGACUCAAACAAGACUAGUCUUUAAGUGUUGUGAUUAUAAAAAAAGAAUACCUGAGAUCUGGGCUUUAAUGUGGGGUGUGUGUCCUAUUUAUCUCUGUGUAAACUCUGAUUUGAGUUCAUAGGCUUUGAUAAUUAAUAGACACUUCACCUCCAUUAACAAUAGGCAUACACUGCUUCAAAAGUAUGACUAAAAAUAACAAUGUAAUUGGUGGCACAGUUGUGUGUUUUUUUUUGUGCCCUUUCAAAUCAAGUCCCACAGUUUGGAUUUCAUGGUAUAUAUUCUAAAGAUUUCAGCCCUUUGCAGUAAUGGUCAAAUACUAACAGCGGUUAUGAAAACUCAAUCCCAAUAUUAAAGAAUUUCAAAUGAAGUGCCUCUUUGCACACUUUUAAAAAUGUAGCUUGAAUGCUACUUCCAGGACAAAAUCAUAAUACUUUAUGAAUUUAGAAUUGAUGUUUGUUUGUUUUUUUUGCAGAUGUCACUGGGUGGUGGAUCUUCGGUGGCCGUUGUACAGCUACCAGGGGGUCAGUUUCAGGUUCAGGGAGUGAUCCAAUCUGCACAAUCAUCAGUCAUUCAGUCCCUUCAGGGGCAGACUGCACAGGUGAGACCACCUGGUUUCCUUUAUACUAAAGUGAAUUUUAAACAAUGACCUAUAAGCUUGCGUGUGUUACUGUAUCUGUAUUCUGAUAAUCUCCCUCCCCUCUGAAAAGGCCCAGGGUUCAGAUAGUGAAGAUUCACAGGACUCAUCAGAUAGUGGAGCUGCUGCCCAGAAGACGAGAGAAAUCCUGGCAAGAAGGCCGUCAUAUAGGUAAAAUGAAAACCAUAAAAUUCUAGACCCAACACAUUGUAAGAUAAAUCUAAACCCUCUUCCUCUCACCUUGCAGAAAAAUCCUUAAUGAGCUUUCAUCAGAAGAAGUGACACAUAUUGAGGCCAAGGACAACAGCCCAACAUCCACAGGAGUCACAGGUGUUACAGUACCCUCUACCCCCAUCUACCAGACUAGCAGUGGCCAGUACAGUAUGUACUUCUCCUUUCUGUUGUAUAUGACUGAAAAAGGGCAGCUGCUAUGGUGGGGUUGAUUAGUCUGUGAAAUUACUGCCAAGAGAAAUUCUGAAUGAUUCUGAUUUUGUGUUUCCUUCAUCUAACGGGAUAUGUGUGGUUUUUGUAGUCACCAUUUCAGCUAAUGGCACAAUCCAGCUGGCGACUCCAGGGUCGGAAGGCAUUCAGGGAUUACAGGCCGUUGCCAUGGCAAACCCAGGUGGAUCCCAGCAAGGCACCACCAUCCUUCAGUAUGCCCAGACACCUGAUGGCCAGCAGAUACUGGUGCCUAGCAACCAGGUUGUGGUACAAGGUGAGGGAAAUAUCAUAAUAAUAAGAAUAUUACUAUAAACUAUAUGAAUAAUAAUAGUUAUUGUUUAUGUUGUACUUUUAAAAGUAAGUUACAAAAUGCUUUACAAUUACAGGUAGUUAACCAAAUAGAAAUCAAAUACCCAGCUGUUCACUGUAGUUAUUAAAAGCAAUACAACAAAAACAAGAAACAGUAAUUUGAUAAUGACUGAAGGCCACAUACACAAUGCAGUGUUUAAGAGAAAGUCAAAUAAGAGAAGUGCGUUUUCAGAAAGGAUUUUAAAAGAGGACACUGAAUUUGCUUGUCUAACAUACUCAGGUAGGGAGUUCCACAGUUGUUGAGCAUGAACUGCAAAUGCUCAGUCAUCUCUUGUGACCAGUCGAGGUUUAGAAACCUUAACUUGGGCCCUACUGGAAGACCUCAGGCUGCAGUCAAACUCAUAGAGUGUUAGCAGCUCACAGAUCCAGGCUGGAACAUGGCUUUAAAGAGGGCUUUAAAAACUAGUAGUAAAAUCUCUGUCUAUUUUAGAACUGACAGGGAGCCAGUGAAGGGCAGGAAGGACUGGUGUUACGUAGUCAUCUCCUUUGCUGUGUUCACAGUCUGGCACCAGCAUUUUGAAUCAGCUGUAGUCUUUGGAUGUUGUGCUUGCUGGUGUCAGAAUUAAGUGCAUGGCCUGUUUUUUUUGGCAGUGUUUCUAAAUAUUAAAUAGUUCUUUCUAGUUAUUUGCUGAUGAAGUUACCUUUAUAAAAUAGUCUGUAGCUCUGGAAAAAAAACACAGCUCCUUCUUUUAUUCCACUGAUUCCAGAGAAGAACACGGUUGCAUAUAUUAAGAGCAAUCAUGGUCAACAAACAAAACAAAGCAAAACCUAAAUAAAUACUUAUAAAUUUCAAGUAAAGGACAAAGUGAAGAAGUUGAAAUGUUCCUGUCAACACUUCAGGACUGAGAUUUGUCAGGUAAUGAAUGCUAUGUGGCAAAACUGCAGUGAGCCCUGAAGUAACAUUUCUACUGUAAUGUUCCUCUCAGGUGCAGGAGGAGAAAUGCAAGCAUACCAAAUCCGCACAGCGCCUACAUCCAGCUCCCUGCCUCAGACUGUAGUUAUGACCUCUCCUGUGGGCUUAUCUCAGGGCAAGAGUGAUGACCCAACAAUGAAGAGAGAAAUCAGGCUUGCAAAAAACAGGUAUGUUUGAAUCCUUUUCUCUCCACUGAAUGGAUAGAAAGUAUUUUUGUUGUUCAAGUAUAGACCACAGCUCCUUUUUGAACAAAGCCUUGGAUAUUUGGUGGAUGGUUCAUUUAUAAGUUUGCAAAUGUUGAGCCAGUUCCAACUAGAAACAAACCGAGCAUGCCAAUAAGUUAGUUUUUUUUUUGCAUUUUAUUUGUUUGAUUGAGUGACUGCCGUUAUUUGUUGAGCAUGGAAACAUGCUUUUCUUGAUGAAUUGUAAAUGAUCUUGGCUGAUUAUUUUUAUUUUAUUCAUUUAUGUAUUUUGCACACAUAUAAAAUUGGUUUGAUUAUAAAGAUUAUUGUAUUUGAUUAUAAUACACAUAAAGAUGUGUCAUGUGAGGUCAAGAGGCCAGCAGGCUCAACAUUAAAAAAACAAUACAAAUAAACAAUGAAGAAAAAAGGAAAGUGAAACUUGGGAGCAGUGUCGGAAGUUAACUUUUUUGUCCACCUACCUGUGUGGCUGUUGCAUUUCAGAAUCUACCUCCCACUCAUUAUUUAAACAGACAGUAGUGUGUAUCAUAGACAAUGCUGUAUGUUAUAAAGGAGUUAUUGAAGGCCUCCUCUUGCUUAUCUAUAUGGUUUUAGUUUAAAGAUCAUUAUCUCAAUUUCAAAGGAAAUCCUGUCAUGCUCUUUUCUCUGCUCAUAAAGAGACUGUUACCUAUCAAAUUCUAGUUUAUUACUUUAGUAAUAGUUAUAAUUAUAAGCAAAUGAGUAAUAAUUCAAUGCAUUUCAACAUCUUAGUAUUGUCAAUACAUGUAUACUGUCAUUCUGUGAGAAACAGUUAUAUAGUUGUCUUCAAUAGAGAUAGACAAUAACAUACUUCUUUCGGUUGGACUAAACUGCACGUUUCUUCCUGUUUCAGAGAGGCAGCCCGUGAAUGUCGACGCAAGAAAAAAGAAUAUGUCAAAUGCCUGGAAAACCGUGUAGCUGUUCUUGAAAACCAAAACAAGACACUUAUCGAAGAACUCAAAACAUUAAAGGACCUUUAUUGUGUUAAGACAGGAUAAAAUGUUUGAGUAAAGGUCGGAGGUUAAUACACAAUGUGUGAGUGAUCUGGGAACGUCUCAGCUCAACCAGUGGGACGUGAACGGGGUUUCUGGGAACACUUCAUUUCAGGCUGAGAUCUGUCUCUCUCUCUUUUUUUUUUACUGUUUGAUAUUAAAGUGACAUGUGAUGGCAGUGAAAUAUACUCAACAAACAAACAAGAAAUUGGCAAUUUUUCCACCUGCUGUUUUUUUUAAAAUUAUGCUAAUGCUAUAACAUUUAUAGUUAUGUACAUUUUUAAUACUGGGAGGUUUGAAAUUGUGAGCUUUAACUUGGAGUCUCAGUUUCUAAUUAUGUCCCCUUUUGUCAUGUGUUUUUAAAAUGUUGCUGUAGAUUUUUUUUUUUUAUUUUAUCUAACAGCAUCUGCAGGAUUUGGGCUGUACACUUCCAACACAGAAAUAAUUCCUCUAUAUUUUGUAAACCAUCAGAUUUCCUCAUUUCCCUGCAAUGGAGAUGUUACAACUGUCAUUCCUAACUAUUGUGCAAUGGAAUAUAAAGGGUAACAGAAACGCUGACAGUGAGUGGUGUUUGAUCGUUGUUUUUUGGCAGUUACUUAGACAAUCAGGGAAAAAAAGCACAGUGUCCAGGUAAUAUUUAUUAUGUACAUCUUGGGAGGGGUUGGGGAAAAGAAAAACGGUGUAUGAAAUGUUGCUAAUUCUGUAAGUAAAUAAAUAUAUUUUCACUGAAAAA